CACUGCGACGCUCAUCUGCCAGAAUCAGCUGAUUGAGAGAGGCAAUUGGAUUGAAAACUGGAAACAGGUUCGGUUGCUCCCAAUCUAUCUCUUACAUACUCAUGAUUUCCAUGAGUGCGAGAACUCAUCUGGAGACUAAAUGAUUUCCCGGAUGUUGAGGAGCUUGGGAUUUUCUACGCCAGCUUUUGGAAGUUUCGAUUUUUUUUCGGAGUUGAGUGGCUGUGGUGUGGGUAGACGUCAAAACACAUUGUCUUUAUGGGGAGACCAGAACAAAUCAAGACUGAUGAGCAAACUGCAUCAACAUCAGAGGAAGUCGUGUUUUCACAUGGUAGAAGUAACUGUAAUGAGAUUAUUGGAAGAACAUUCCGCAAAAAAACCGACAGGCGAGAUCAAAUUAUGAAAAGAAGAGCGAAAAUGUGGAUUCCAAGACGGCUUCUCGUUCCCGGGUUGGAUACGACAGAUGGGGGACCAGCUUUAAGUCAAGCCAAAAUACCCAGAAAGAAUUCUGCCAUGGUCAGGUCAAGAGAGAUAAGAAACUUCUUUGCACUUCUUGAUGAAGACCCUGUUAUUCAUGACUUCCUCGAGAUGGAUAGAUGCAUGAAGAUGACAGAUAAGUUCCUCUUGGCCAUGGUAUUUGCAUAUUUCAAAAGAGCUGGUUACAAUUUAAGAGAAUACAACAGAAUUAACUUUUUCGUUGCUCUGUAUCUUGCUAAUGAUAUGGAGGAAGAUGAAGAGGAGGUAAAAUAUGAAGUCUUUCCCUGGGCCCUUGGUCGCUCCUGGAGACAUAGAUACCCAUCCUUCCUAAGAAAACGAGACAAAUUGUGGAAGAGAAUAGGGUACAGAGCAGUGGUCAGCAGAAGGUGUUGUGAAGAAAUAAUGAUUAUCGACCCUAUGAAUGAGUAUUGGCAGAGAACACGGCCAAUUCAUCAUGGAGGUGCCUUGAGAGCGUAUGCCAAGGACCCAGAGGAUGAUGGUUAUCCUCGAGGUCCAGAGGCCUCACCCUACAUCUGCUCCAUGUGUGAACGACAAAGGAAAUGCUACUCCCUCAGUCCAAGCAGCAGUUCUUGGUAUCUCUCAUCAGAAGAUGAUGUGGACUCUGGCUGUGAGCAAGAGCCUUUUUUAACAGAUACAGCAGAACAUAGUUUUGACAUGGAAGGUUUAAAGAAUACAUUGCAAAAGGAUGCAGAUGUAUGGCCCCUUCCAGAAGAGUGAUUUUCAGCAAUGUGGCGAUAGACAGUGACAAUGAUCUGUGACUGCUGAUGUGAUUCUUGGAGUGGGUUUUGCACACUAUAUCCAUGAUAAUCAUGAUUUUUUAAUGUUUUCAACUUUGUUAGUGGUGUACUUGUGCUGAUCAAAGUGAACUGGAGCAAAUGAAGAUAUACAUGUAUUUGAUGUGUGCUGUGAAUGUUAGAAAAGAUGUUCAUUAAACUCUGACUUUAGAUGAGUGGCUGACCCACAUUACAUCUCUCUGACCAAGCUCUAUCUGUGAUAUGUUAAGCUUGUUUAUUAUUUGUUGGCAUUUCUUGUUGUUCAUGGUAAACAUUGCUGGUUAAAAUAGUUGUAUUGUUAACUAACUUAUUUAACUUAAUGUCACUGCGUACACAUGUAAUAUUGUAAAUAAGAUUUAGCCUGUGAUCAUUAAAUUAUAUUGUCUUACUAAAUGAUAUAAAGAAUUGUUACUGUUAUAAAUCUGGUACUUAAAUAAUGUGGAAAAUGAAAGCGUACACUGAACUAAUGAUCAGUCACAGUUUAAAAUAAACUAUUAAACUUUUUAUUGGAGGAAACUA